CCACCUACUACAUGCUGGAGCGGCUGCUGGCGCUGCAGCCGGCCGUGCAGGAGUACGCGGGCAAGUGCCGGAUGGGCGAGGCUGGCCUGGCCCUGAGCGCCACCCAGUGGACGCUGAUGCGCAGCCUGGUGGAGCUGCUGCAGCCCUUCGAGAUGGCCGUGCGGGAGGCGAGCGCGGCCGACGCCUCACUGAGCCAGGUGCUGCCGCAGGUGCGCUACCUGCAUAUCUUCCUCCAGCAGAUCCGCCUGCGCUUCGAGAGCCAGGCCGGGGAGGGGGCUGGCCCCGCCAUGCGCCUGGCCGAGAGCCUGGCCCUGCAGCUGUCCAACGAGCCCCUCAGCGAGAUGUUCCACCGCCCGGAGUACGUGCUGGCCACGCUGCUCGACCCCCGCUUCAAGGGCAGGAUGGAUGCCAUCCUGCCGCUGGGCUCCGACCUCGACCACUGGAAGCAGCUGCUGGUCCGGAAGGUCAAGGAGCUGCUGGCCUCACCCACUGCCCUCCUCCCCCUGGAACGCCCAGCCGGGCAAGGCCUUCUGCGUGGACACGGUCCUGCAGCCCCUGGAGCAGAGAGGGGGCCAGGGGAGCCCCAUCAGGACAGGAGGCUGAGUGGGAUGGGCUCUGCGGUGCCUCCACUGAUCCAGAAGGAGAAGACCCUGACUGAGCACCUGGAGAGUGUGGGGCUGCUGGCUUCUGAGGGCCGCGGGGCCUCCCUCCCCACCGAGAGCCACUUGGCUUGUGUGAUGGUGGAGAGGUACCUGCGUGACAACCAGACCAUCGGGGCCCGGGAGGACCCGCUGGGGUACUGGGAGAAGCGGCACUGGCUCUGGCCGGCCUUGGCCAAGCUGGCCAUGCUCUACCUGUCCUGCCCGCCCUCGGGGGCCUUCUCGGAGCGCAUCUUCACUGCCCCAGACAGCCCCUUCUCCGAGACGCGCCCCCUGCACGUGGAGAGCGCGGCGCGCCUCGUCUUUCUGCGAGCCAACCUGGGGAACUUCCCCGACUACCCCCCGCCGCCCCUCAUCUGCUCGGAGAACGACAGCGCGGGCAGCAGCAGCGGGGAGGAGGGGACCCUGCCGGCUUAGAGACUGUCUCCCAGGGGCUGGUGCGUUCCCGGUGUGGCCACACCAGCAGCAGGCUCCAGGAAGGGGCAAAGCGCUUUCCCAGACCUGGCCCAGCUUGCGGCGUGCAGAGGUUCUCCACGCCACGGGCCGCCCGGGCCCCGAAUGCCGAGCGGUGCAGGCCCUGCCUGAGCCGUAGUGCAGUGGGCCAGCCGCGAUGGAGCCCUGGGCGGAGAAGGGAGAUGAGGGCGAGAACGUCAGGGUCACCGCCCAGCUGCUGAAGGCCAAGACGGGCGAGUUUGCCCUGGAGUCCAUCCUUCUGCUCCAGCUGCGGGGCCUGGGUAUCUCGGACCUGGGCUGUCUGGUGAGUGUGCCAGCCUGGAGUGGCUGGACCUCUCCGGCAACGCCAUCUCCCACCUGGGCCCCCUGGCUGCCCUCAAGUCCCUGGCUGUCCUCAACCUCUCGGCCAACCGCGUCUGCAGCCUGGAGCCGCUCGGCGCCUGCGAGAGCCUGCAGAGCCUCAACGUGGCCGGCAACCUGCUGAGCAGCCUGCAGCAGCUGCAGGGCCUGGCGGGUGCGCCGGCUGGAGAGCCUGCGCCUGCACGACCCCGGGCCCGCCUCAGCAACCCCGUCUGCGCCACCGGGGCCUACCGCAGCGCCCUGGGGGGCCUGCUCCCCGGCCUCAAGGCCCUCGACGGCGAGAGGGUCUCCGGGCGCGGCAGCGAGCUCUACCAGCUCUGCCGGGACCUGGACAGCUCCCUGGAGCGAGGCGGCAGUGGCGGGGCGGGCAGCCCGGAGCCGCCGGGCACAGCCCUGCCCUGGGUGGAGGAGGGCUACUGGGAGUGGAGGCCGGCUCGGCGCAGCUCCAUCAUGGAGGAGGCCUACAAGCAGUUCAACGACGUGCUGCGGGAGUGCCGGGAGCUGAGCGAGAGGGCGGACGACACCAUCUCCCAGGCGGAGCGGGCCCUGAGCGUCCGCAGCGACCCCAGCUCCUACGUGUUCUGAGCCGCCCGCCGGGGCGAAGCUGGGGAUCUGCCUCUCCAUUGCCUGGCUCCACGGAGGCCCAUGCCAGAGUCUCCACCUGCAAAGCCCCAUGCCCCCUAGCCCCGGUGCCCUGCCUGCCAGGGUGGCGCCCCACAGAAUGACAGCCCCUUUCCGCCCCUGCCCCCCCGGCCUUCCUUUUCUCCUGACUGCAGCCAAAACGGAUGGGGGCCACAGCCAGCUUGAGGCCCUGGGGCGCUGGCCCCAGCCCCUCAUCCCAAGGUGAUCUGACUCUGCCCCUAAGCCAGAGGGGGCCCAAGCAAGAGGGGCUCCAGGAGCUGACUGGACGGGAGGGGCCCAGCCCCGCAGCGAGGCACACCUGGGUCUGAGCCGAUGAGCCCAGCCAUGGAGCCCCAGCACUGGUGUGUGCGGGAGCCCCUGGAGCUGCGCCUGUGGAGUGCUGGGCACCGGCGAGCCUGGGGGCUUUUCCAAAUCUCCCCACACCACCCCAUCACUUCCCCUCAGGCCUCCAGUGAAUCUGCUCAGCCACUGGCAUUGCCCUGGGGCUCAGGGCCACCCCCAGUUCCCUCCACCCUGGGCUUAAUUUUCAGAUUGCUUGGAGAGGGGCCAGGCUGGCGGCCCUGGAGACAAUUCCACCAGCAGGCACCGUGUGAGCAGCUCAAGGCAAGCUGCCCACCACCAAUGGGCACCAGCCCUGCCUGUGGGGUGGGAGGUGAGCUCUGCUCCAUGGCUCGCUCCCUCGCUCCUUGUCCUCUCAGCUCACGGGGCCAGUGGGGGCCAGAGGCAGUGAUGGGUUUGUAGAGGGGACCCCCCCCCACGUCCUUCUCUUUGAGUCUCCUUCCCGCAGGCAGCCCGCCAGCUGCCAGCAGGGCCCAGCAUUCAGUCCCUACCGGCCAGGGACCUGGGGGAACCAGUCCCUUUACCAGGGCCACCUUCCCUCUCCCUCAUUGUCCCUCCCAUCCCAGUGUCAGUGUGAGAACCGGCUGGCUGUUCCCAGUGGGAGAGAGGAGUCUGGGAGGGAGGGGGGGACCUGUAGUCUUGUGAACUCCAGUUUGCUGGUGAAGGGCAGCUCCUGCCAGCUGUGUGGGGCCCUGGCAGGGUCCCCCACCGGGGAGUGCCAGCUGAGCUCAGAGAUGGCACCUGCCCUGGCACAUUGCUCUGAGACCUGCCAGGGACUGGGGAGGGUGCACAGCUGGCCCCAUGGGAUUUUGCCUCUAUCCGAGGCUGGCAGGAGCCCCUCUCGGACCCCUGGCGUGGAGGCAGGUGGGCAGCAGUGACUCACAGGCUGGACUAGACAAGAGCAGAGACCAGGACCAGCCCUAGUGCUGACUGCGGCAAGCAUCCCUGAUCUGCUGGGAGGAAGGAGUGGUUAGCCUGCUUCCCGUGGGGCAGGACCCAGGGGAGAGGGCGACCAAGGGGAGGCAGCCCAUGGGCGACCAAGGGGAGGCAGGGCCUGGGAGCUGCCCAUUCUUGCACCACAGGCCCUGCCCAGUGUGGAUGUACCGUGGUGCCAUGUGAAGAUAUUUGCCUGUGAAAUAAAUGUGUUGUCUCCUCCCUGG